AUGAAAGUGUACGCCACCGUUUUGCUUGCCCUCGCUGUGAGUUGUGCCUUGAUCGAGGCUAAAACGUUUACCAAAUGUGACCUAGCUAAGGCUUUGGCAAAUAAUGGCAUUGCGAAGACAUCGCUACCGGAUUGGAUCUGUCUCGUACAGAACGAGAGUGCAUUCAGGACAUCGGCGACGAAUAAGAACAAAAAUGGGUCCACAGAUUACGGUAUAUUCCAGAUAAACAAUAAGUUUUGGUGUGAUUCGAGCUACGGGGCGAAUGACUGCAAGAUAUCGUGCGACAGUCUCCUAAACGAUGAUAUCACGGAUGACAUCAAGUGCGCCAAAUUGAUUUUCAAGCGUCACGGAUUCAACGCUUGGUACGGAUGGAAGAAUCACUGCAAAGGCAAGACGCUGCCCAAUGUUAAUUCGUGCUUUUAA